AUGACUCAAAUCGUCGAGCUCGGGUGGAUCCCUGUCAAACAGGAUUACGAGGAUUCUCCCGCCACCAAGUCUAUCAAGGAACUGCACUCGAAGGUCAUCGGCAACUCCGAUCUCGUAGGCCAAUGGGAAGGCGUCCAGGGUCCCGGAGGACUGGAUGGUAGCUCGGUCAAGAGCGUCCACUUGGCUGCAGUCUGGACUUCCGUCGAAGCUGCAGAUGCCGCGAAACGAUCCCCAGAUGGUCUGGAGAUGAGGAAAUUGUGGGGUCAAGUCAUUGAGAUGUCCAGCCCUUCAGGCCCUGUACUACCCUGGACAGGAUAUUUCAACUUGGGUGGCGGGGACUUCGCGAAAGUCGCUGCAUCAAAUGUUAUGCUUCUGACUGGGUCGUAUCUGCCAGUUGACGCCGACACCGCGGCGUUCGAGGAGAAGUGGCAGUCGCUGAUGCGUGCCCAGGCAAGUUCGGGUGGUGUCACAGCUGGUUUCUUAGCCGGCGUGCAUGGAUGGUCUGUAGGAGAAGUUGUCUACAAGGGCGAGAAGAAAAAGGCAUUCAUGGUUGUGACCGGAUGGGAUAGCGAGGAAAGCGUGAAGGCGGCGAUCGGUGGAGACAAAAGAGCGAAGUUUGAAGAAGCGCUGAAGGAUUUCAACAUUCAGCAACAGGAACAUUAA